AUGUCCCGUCUCGUGAUCGCCAUCGUAGGGUUGAUCGUGGUCGUGGCCGCAGGCCCUCUUGAUCAUCAGCAGAACCCAGAGGCUCACGCCACGAUCCUCAAGUACGAGAAUGUCCUGCAGGACGAUGGCCACUACCACUGGAACUACGAGACGAGCAACGGAAUCGCUGCCCACGAGGAGGGCCUCGGUGGCCACAGUGCCAACGGGGCCUUCUCGUACACCGGUCCCGAUGGUGUCCUGCACCGUGUGACGUACGUCGCCGACGAGGCCGGCUUCCGGCCGCAGGGUGAUCACCUUCCGACGCCGCCACCCACUCCGGAGCACGUGUUCAAAACUCUGGAGCAGAUCCGCGCCAACCCACCCAAGGACCAGAAGGACUUCAGCCUCGAGGCUCUCGAUGCUACGAUCACCCGGCUGCGCCAACACUAA